AUGGCAGACCAACUCUUGGAGAAAGUUAGAGACGCAGUAGAUGGUCAAAUUGAUUUCGAAGGCCAGAAGCUAGCCGAGAUCUUAGCUACAGCUGUUCUCGUAAUCGUCGGGGGCAUUUCCUUCCUCGUCGGCUUCUUCCUACAAGACAUCACUCUCGCGCUUAAAAUUGGCCUCGCCGGCACAGCCCUUACCUUCCUCAUUGUCGUUCCUCCAUGGCCCUUCUUCAACAGACAUCCGGUUAAGUGGCUCCCCGUCGGAGGCGAAUCGGCGAUCACGAGUGCGCAGCAGAACAUAGUCAUCGACGAGAAGAUGUUUACGAAAUAA